GGUCCUUUUCAAACCCUUACUUCCUCAACAAACUUCUCUCAAUUUGCGCCAAAUUUGCUUUUAUUUACACGGGUAUUCAAUUACACUCCACAAUUAUUAAAAUGGGAUUCAUUUCAAAUCCCCAUGUAUGCAGCGCUGCUGUUGAUAUGUAUGCAAAAUGUAAUGAGAUUCAAAGCGCUCAGAAGGUGUUCGAUGAAAUGCCUGAACGAAAUGUUGUCACUUGGAAUUCGUUGAUCUCUGGGUAUUUGAAUGCAGAUUGCCCAUUUGUUGCUGUUCAAUUGUUUGUCAGUACUUUACGGGAGAUAAGAUAUGUGAGUUCGUUUAGUGUUUCGGCUUGUCUUGCGGGUUGUUCGCAAUUGAAGGAUGGAGUGGUCGGAGCUCAAGUUCAUGGACUGAUUAUGAAAACCGGGUUUGAUUGUAAUGCCUUCGUGGGGACGGGUUUGGUUGAUAUGUAUUCGAAGUGUGGCUGUGUUGAUGAUUCUUGGCGAGUUUUUAAUUCUAUUGGGGAUAAGAAUGUUGUUACUUGGACUUCUAUGGUUACUGCAUUUGCACAGAAUGAACAACAUGAUGAAGCAAUGUAUUUAGUGAGAGAAAUGAUGCGGUUUGGUAUUAAGGCAAAUUGUGUGACUUAUAAUAGUUUAUUAAGUUCGUUUUCUAGUCUGGAAUGUAUGGACUGUUGCAAGCAAAUCCAUUGUUGUGUGAUUCGAUCCGGUUUUGAAUCUAAUUCUUAUAUUGCUGUUACUCUUGUAACUGUUUAUUCAAAAUGUAGUACCAAUGUUGAGGAUUUUAAAAAGGUGUGCGCUGGUGUUACAUUACAGGAUCAAGUUUCGUGGAAUGCGGUUAUUUCUGGUUAUUCCAAUUUGGGAAAUGGUGUCGAAUGUAUAAUUUGUUUCUGCAAAAUGAGGCAUGCUGGUAUAAAUGCGGAUUUGUACACAUUUACUAGUAUGUUGGGAGCAAUAGGGGCUGUUUCAGCUCUUGAAGAGGGUAAGGAAAUGCAUGCUCUUAUCGUAAAAUCAGGGUAUGCCACCGAUGUGCACGUUCAGAACGGGCUUGUUUCGAUGUAUUCGAGAUGUGGAGCUAUCAAUGAUGCAAAGACGGUGUUUUGGUUAACCGAGGAUCGUGAUGUGGUCUCAUGGAAUGCACUUCUAACAGGAUGUGCUCAUCAUGGAUACGGUAAUGAAGUUAUUGAAUUGUUUGAACAAAUGAGAAAAACCAAGAUUAAACCGGAUAAUACGACAUUUCUUGCUGUGUUAUCGGCUUGCAGCCACGUUGGUCUCGUAGAUAAGGGGCUUGAGUAUUUCAACUCGAUGAGAGUUGAUGCAUCAUUUGAACCUCUCAAAGUAGAGCAUUACGCUAGUGUUGUUGAUAUUUUUGGUCGAGCUGGAUAUCUUAAUGAAGCUGAAGCCAUCAUUAGUGGCAUGUCUAUUGAUCCAGGGCCCUCUGUAUAUAAAGCUCUGCUUAGUGCUUGUUUAGUUCAUGGAAAUAGAGAAAUCGCUGCACGAUCUGCGGAAAAACUUAUAAAAUUGUGGCCUAAUGACCAUGCAACGUAUAUAUUACUGUCAAAUGUGUUGAGAACAUUAGGCUCUUGGGAUGAUGCAGCUGAUGUAAGGAAGUUGAUGAGCGAGAAAGGAGUAACGAAGAAGAAUCCGGGUUAUAGUUGGAUAUGAGAUUACAAAUGCACGAGGCAUUUGUCACAUAUUAGUUACGGCAGUGGUAAGAGGUUCAUAGACGGAUUUUGAGACUGUUGUAUGGCGUGCAGUGAUUGAGUAAGAAAAGCUGUUGGAAAACGCCUGUAUUGCUGAAUCAGAAGGCCGUUGAAUAGCAGAUUGGGAAGCAUGGCACUGGUUUAAAUUCUGAAAUGCUGGUGGUGAAGUCUCUUCUAUAGUACAAUUUCUUAAUCAACCACAGGAUGAGAGGUGAUGGUUUCUGUGUCUUUCCAAUUUUUGACUGCUAAUAAGUUCAAAAAGAGCUUAGGAUGAUUAAACCAUAAGUGAUGAGAUAAUUAUUGUAGUAAUUGUUUUAACUAACCUUUUGGGUUGGGUUGGGGGAAGACAAAUUUACUGAAUAAUCCUUUUCAGUUUAUUGUUAAAUAAAAGUUUUAUAGUCAUUAAUUAAUUAGCUGUUUAAUUAAUCGCUAUUGUAAUUAAAAUUCUAAUUAGAACAGGUAGCUAAA